AGAGAGAAGGGGGAAAAAAAACAGAUCCCACCACUGCAACUCAAUGAGAAUUUCUGCAGGAAGCUGUUACAUCGGAGAGCAAGCUUGUCCUGAGAGCACAGUCUCUGGAGGAAUCUCUCGGAGAGAAGCUGGCUCAGAGUGGUUACUGAAAACAGGAACCUGCCUUCUACUGGUCCCCUCCCCGUACCUUCCUCGUUUUCUUGAGCAGAACAGAGGAAGUGUGCAGCUGGUGUAGCAACUGCUGUCUUGAUAGCAUGGGCCCUUCCACGCCCACCGGGGCUGGCUCACUCCGCUGGAGCAGCAGCAGCUGAUGGGGAGCCUGUGACAGUCCCAGGGGAGGCCAUGCCCAGCUUUUGAAGGCUCUGGCAGACUUGCGCAGCCCGGGGAGAGCCAGAAAUGGGCAACAGCAUGAGAUCCACCCCAGCACCUCCUGAGAGGCCCUUGCCUGCCCCAGCUGGACUGGACAGUGACUUCCUUGCUGUGCUGUGUGACUACCCCUCCCCUGACAUCAGCCCCCCAAUAUUCCGCCGAGGAGAGAAACUACGCGUGAUUUCUGAUGAAGGGGGCUGGUGGAAGGCCAUUUCUCUCAGCACUGGACGAGAGAGUUAUAUCCCAGGAAUAUGCGUGGCCAGAGUUUACCAUGGCUGGCUGUUCGAAGGGCUGGGUCGGGACAAAGCUGAAGAGCUGCUACAGCUGCCAGACACCAAGAUGGGCUCCUUCAUGAUCCGAGAGAGUGAGACCAAGAAAGGCUACUACUCCCUCUCUGUGAGACAUCGGCAGGUGAAGCACUACCGCAUCUUCCGCCUGCCCAACAACUGGUACUAUAUCUCCCCAAGGCUCACUUUCCAGUGCUUGGAGGACCUAGUAAAUCACUACUCAGAAGUGGCUGACGGCCUCUGCUGUGUGCUGACCACGCCCUGCCUCACUCAGAGCACCAGCACCCCAGCAGUGAGGGCCCCGGACUCGCCCGUCACCUUACGCCAGAAGACCUUCGACUGGAAGCGUGUGUCCAGGUUGCAGGAGGACCUUCACCCAGAGGAAGCAGAGAACCCAAUGGGUGUGGAUGAGUCUCUCUUCAGCUACGGUCUCCGGGAAAGCAUUGCCUCCUACCUGUCUCUAACCAGUGAUGACAACACACCCUUCGACAGAAAGAAGAAAAGUAUGUCCCUGAUGUACAGCGGAAGCAAAAGGAAGGGCUCCUUCUUCUCAUCCCCAUCAUAUUUUGAAGACUAACCAACAAGAGAUGCCUCAGGGCACAGCCAGCAGGAGCAAAGAUUCAGAUUGUCACCUGGGAUCUUGGAAAAAGACUCAGGUGUUUCUGGUCUUUCGGGAAACCUCCCAUCCCCCAGAAGCCAAAAGAAGUCAUAUGGAAACUUGAACUUGAGACUUCUCCACUCGCAUCUCCACAAAGGGCAGUCCUUCCUGGUAUCUGUUCAGUGCUGAGAUGUCACACGGUGUUGACUCAUGAUGUGACUGACCAGUAUUCUGAAGGGCCCCCACGGGUAUGUGUGUGUGUAUGUGUGUGUGUGUGUGUGUGUGUGUGUGUGUGUGUGUGUGUGUGCGCGCGCACGCGCGCGCCCUGCGCUUGUGCAAAGACACAGGAACUCUCUCACACAGGAAAAUGAACCUGGAACAACUGUCAGAACCCAUAUCCAGGCUGUCCUACUCUGGGGUCCUCAGAGAGAACGCCUAGAGGGAAGAAGCCCUAGGAGAUGAGCCAGGAGCUGAGUCAUGGCUGGGCAGGCAUCCUUGGAGAUUGGUUCCCUGCACUGAAAUGUGUCGGCCAGUACAUAAAGGGACCUUCCAUACGGUCUCUUCUCUUUCAGGGGAACUGCAGUGACACUAAACAUUGACCUUGCUUAGAACCUCGGGCUCAGGAGAUCCCUUUGGCAUGCCCUUGCGAAGGUCACACAUGCAAAUGGUGGACGGACGGGUUCCCUCCUGAAAUGGGCAAGGACUGCGGUGGUGAGAGGUGCUCAUAGGAUGACCGACCAUGGUCCAAGCUUUCAUAUGUCCAGCCAGAGCUUGGCAGCACAGAAAGGGCUUCUUGGCAUGCUGAGAGGCCCUUGCCUACACUGCCAUGUCAGUUCUUCAUCCAUAAUUGC